UCAUGCCCACCUAGGUACAACCAUAAAUGUGAUAUAUUCUCGUACGGUGUGAUUUGCUGCGAGCUCAAUUGGCGGAUACCGGCCGACCCGGACUACUUGUGCCGGGACGACAACUUUCUAAUCAGUUUUGACAAACUUCCGGAGGGACAGACGGACACACUACUGGCCAGAGUGGCUCGGCUAUCGUGUCAGAAAAACGCGUCAAUACGUCCGGAGUUUAGCGAAUUAUUAGAGAUCUUUGAGUCGGAGUACGUGUCCGGACAGCACCGGCGGUCACCCGACGAGGUGGACGGCCAACGGCACCGGUAUAUACUGAGACGUGAGCUGAGUCUACCGGUGACCGGCACUCAGUCGCCGCCGGGCGUAGACCUGUUGCCAUUGAACGGCGCGGCCGGCGAUAUAUUUGAUCAGCACUUAAUCCGUCGCCGAAACUCGCAGAUCGAGAGGAAGUAUUUCAAUGGUAUUCACAGAUGAUAAUCACAACGUCUGAAGAGAGCGGAUCCAUUGCAUCGACAACUUUACACAUCACACAAAACACACAAUCAAUUUCAUUGACAAAAAGACAAUUAAUUGUUUCAUUAGAUUAACGAUAAAAACAUACAAAAUGUUUUGUAAUAAAACUUAUUGUUUUGUGUUUUUUCUCAUUUUUUAGUUUUCUCGAGUCAUUUGUAUUAAUUU